AUGCGUGAUAAGCCAGAUUUGUCUGAAGUGGAGAAGUUUGACAAGUCAAAACUGAAGAAAAAGAAUACUGAAGAAAAAAGUACUCUCUCCUUGAAGGAAGCUAUCCAACAGGAGAAAGAAUAUGUGCAAACAUCAUAA